UCAGACGGGCAGCACCGCUCGCGUUCUUGGGAUGCACGCGGGUCCACACGAUUUCUGCUGGGAAGUCAACAGAACAAUGCAGUAGACUAGAGACCUCUCGCGUGAUGCUGGACAUAUUGAGGUCUUUCCCUGGACUUUAACGGAAUUACGAGGGGGAAAGUUGUUCAUCUUUAGUUCGAGGCUCGUGCGUGGAUGUGGGAAGAAGACAUGCGGCGAUUUGGCUGUUAAAUAUUUCGGGACGAGAAUUGAGAGAGAGACUAUGUCGCGGUUAAUGGGACACAAAGUGUCAGAUGCCGCGUUGAAACUCGUAUUGAACUUUAAUCUCUCCGAAUAGAAACCUGUCGCGCGAGCAGUCCCACACAUACCAACAUAGGCUUUUUCGCAUGGAAAGUGUCCUUACCGAUCAGCCUGUUCUUCCUGAUAAUAAGGGAAUGUUUAUUGCGUGUUGAGUCGGGAUGGAUGCGCUGUUGUGAACGCGUCAGAUCUUCAGAAAGAUGCAGCAUCUUCGUGUGGCGUGGGCGCUCGCGGGAGCGGCGCUGGGCUUUUUUCUGCUCUUCUGGAUUCAAGCGCAUUUCUUCGGCGAAGGUCAGCUGGUGGCAGGUACAUGUGAAAUCGUGACUCUGGACAGGGACAGCAGUCAGCCAAGGAGGACCAUCGCCCGGCAGACGGCCAGGUGUGCCUGCAGGAAGGGCCAGAUUGCCGGCACUACCAGAGCCAGUCCAGCAUGUGUGGAAGCACAUAUUGUCAGGAGCAGACAGUGGUGUGAGAUGAUGCCUUGUUUGGAUGACGAAGGCUGUGACCUAUUGGUAAACAGAACGGGCUGGACGUGUGCACAGCCGGGAGGCCGAGUGAAAACAACCACAGUAUCCUGACGCCAAUGGGGGAAGAUUUUCCCAAGAGAGAGGCAACGUAUGGAAGAACCUCGUCAUUCUCCAAAGCUACAGCGGUGCGGGGGAGGGGAGCAUUCAUCAUAGUCCUGUUAGCCCUGUUUGUCAGUCUCACCAUUAGUCCUUCAGUCUCAUAAGAUAAGGGGUGAGGACCUCUCGUCAUGGAGUUUACGUGGACCGUGAGGAAUGGAUCCCCCUGUGCUGUCAAUCAGAGUUGGAACCGGCCAACAUUUUUGCCGAUGCCAAAACGGGCAAGUGAUCAGUGCGAUGACGAAUGCAGGAAAGUUUGCGACUUGGAUCGUGAAAAGUGUGAGGAUCUAUUGAAAUUUAACAGACCAAAGAAAUACGGACAAACAAUUUCCGUGGGGAAGGAUUUCCAAUAUGAAUACACACAUCAGCUGCUUCAGCUUCGAGAAACGCAAGCAAAAAAAAAAACACACAAAAAAAACAACACAUACCUGAGCUUUGUAAGGAGUUUUUCCAACUGAGCACAUGCAAAAUAGACAAAGACUUCUACAUCAAAACUGUUGACUUUUCUUCUUUUGCAGUUCUGCUACCACUGUUGUGUAAUGGACUGAAAUCAGUCAGGAUUCAGAAACGUAGCGAGCGCGGCAAACGAUUUGUCGAAGCGAACAUUAUCUACCUGACCUGAAGAGACUAGCGGAGACUUGCGCUUCGUGAAAGACCACCCUAUGUAUUUUCAGAGUCAUAAAGUUAUAUAUAUAUUUAACAGUUUUAUAUGAUGUACCUUUGUAGCAAACAUUAUUUAACACUGACAAUGUGAUCCUAUUCAUAAAGGGUGAAUUGAAAAACGUUAUGUCCUGGAAAGUUAUUUACGCAUUGCUUUCAUCGCAGAUGAAUAUAGGAAGGAAAAUAGUGUACUUGUGUAUUUGUGAGUAAACUUUUGUUUUGUAACAACAUUCAACAAUAUACACACACAUAAAAGCAACUGUAACCCACCUUGACAAGGUUAUUUACAUCAGUAUACAGCUAUGGGUCAAUUGUGUUUUACCGCAGAGAUUGUACACUGGUAAAUUCAUCUUAUAAAAACUUUUUAUGUGUCA